AAAAAUUUAGAAAGCUAUGGAAUUUUUGUAAAAUGUUUUGUGUCUAGCCUACAUUUGUUUCAAAGUAGUACAAUACCUUCAUUGUUAAUAAUAAUAUAUGCAUUAGUUUGAUCUUUUAAUGCAGUGGAUGUUUUUUCAUCUCCCUGAAAAUGUUCUUUAGGGGACCUAGUUAUUCGAAACUAAAAACAAACUUGAAACUAGCAGUUAAUAGGCUGAAAUUACUUAAAAAUAAAAAAAUUGAGCUCGCUGAACGAGUACGCAAGGAAAUUGCAGAUAACAUUUCAUCUGGAAAAAUGGAAAUUGCAAAAAUAAAGGUAAGGCAAAUUAUUGAAGAAGAUUAUAUGGUUGAAGCAAUAGAAAUUGUAGAAAGUUAUUGUGCUAUAUUGCUUACAAAAUUUGGAUUGCUGCAACAAAUGAAAACACUUGAUGAUAGCCUCUCUGAAGCUGUGUCAAGUCUAUUGUGGGUAUCACCAAAGUUACAGUCAAAUAUUCCAGAAAUGAUUGUUAUUUCAGAUAUGCUAACUGCAAAAUAUGGAAAGAAAUACGCAAGAUCUUGCAGGGAAGAUGCAGUUAGUACAAUGUCUCAGAAAUUGAAACACAAAAUUAGUAUGCAAAGCAUUCCAAAAAUAUUAAUUGAGAAGUAUAUGGCUGAAAUUGCAAAGAAAUACAAUCUUGAGUAUGAACCAGAUCCACAAGUGAUAAAUGACAAUCAAGAUUUUGAUAUUGACACCACAUUGGUUCACAGGAAUGGUCCAGAUUGUAAUAAAAUGGAAAGUAGAGUAUUAGCUCCUCAGCCAGCUAGCUUAUUUGGUUUACUUCAUCCUCUAAUGCAGCCUCUGCAUCCACCUUCUGAUUUUAUACCAGAUAAGUGUUCACCUAACACAUAUGGUGGUUCAGCAGCUGGUUUCGUAGUACCUCAGUCACGGAACCAGCAACCUAGUACGUCAUCUUCUUACGAUAUCGAAUUACCUUUUAAUAUUUCGCCUAGUGCAAAUAAUCUGUUACCACUAGGAUUUGAUGGUAUAUCCAGGCCAUUCGAUAUUGACACUCAGCAUACAUAUGUACCUUCAUGUAGUAAUUUCGCACCUGAAAUAAAUCCAGGAAACAAAAAAAUUGAUGAUAUUUCAAUCGGGCCGGAGCCCGUGGGCCGCGGAAGAGGGGAGUAG